AUGACGUUCUUCAAGAGCACAACAAUAGCGAUAACUUUCUACCUGGUGUUCUACGCGGUGCUGGCGCUCAUGUUCGCUAUAUGUAUGGGCGGACUGUUUUACAUCCUCGAUUACAGGAAACCAACUUACAUACUUGACAGUUCUUUGAUUGGUGCGAAUCCUGGUGUGUCGUCUCGUCCCCAACCGCUAGAUGGCGUUGUCAAUUACAGCGUCGAUAAUAGUACCGCCUAUGAUACAUAUGCUCAAGAAAUACAGCAGUUUAUUGAUGCUUACGCUAAUGAGACGUGGUUCAAUUCAAGGAAUGAAUGUACGUCAGAGGACAACUUCGGCUACCCGGACAGCCCUUGCUUUUUUAUAAAAUUGAAUAAGAUCUAUGGCUGGAAGCCAGAAAUGUACGACAGCGAUUUUCCGAAGGACAUGUCAAGCGAUUUGAUCGAAUACAUCAACAGCUUGCAAGAUGUUGAGCGUCAACAAAUAUGGAUAUCAUGCUGGGAAGAGCAUUCCAACGCAACCACGAUCGAGUACCCGUGGGGCCGCGGUCUACCCGGGCGCUUCUACCCCUAUCUCAAUGAAAUGGGUUACAUCAGCCCGGUACUACCUAUCAGACUCACCCCGCCAACGAACACCCUAUCAAUAAUACGGUGCAGGGCGUGGGCGAAAAACAUUGUCUACAAUAAAAGCCUCAAAGAACCAUCCGGGUACGUCCGCAUCCAGCUGCAGAUCGAUGAUAACACAUCAGUCAAUGCCACAGAAGCAUCUUUGUGAUUUAGUACAAAUACACUUGUUAAAUAAUUGUAUAUACGAUAUUAGCUUAACUACAAGAAAUUGAAAUCAAAAUUAAGAAAUUACU